ACUGGCCGUGACGUCCGAAAAUACCAGAAUGAGAGAGCAAAGACGAAUUCAAUAAGAAAAAGAAGAAGAAUCGAACAGCUGGGGCGAAAUUGAAAGGUUUGUUUACAAAGUGCAUAAUAAAUCGCGGAUUUACGGAAUUAUUUAAUUUUAAAUGUAAUUGAACAAAUACCAGCGGGCAGCCAGCGGGUCAGUUGCUGGUAACAAUUUGCAGAACGAUUCCACGGUGAUCGUUGCAUCGUCGUCAGUUAGUGAAAUCACUACUUUUCCGGCAGCCGCAACAAACGCUGGCCCAAGCCUGCAAAUUGUUGCCAGCAACUGGAACGCUGGCUGCCCACUGGCAUUUGUUCAACUACUUAAAAAUUCACUUUGUAAACAAACCUUCACACACAUCAAACCACAUCAAGCGGCUCAUCUGGAUGAAAUGAAAAGGCUGUUAGAUGUAAUGCAGCAACGUGCUCCCGAUGUUGAACAUCAGUUCAAAGAAAAGCCAAAUGAGUUGGAAAUGUCGGAUAAGGCCAAUGUAAACCAAGGCGGCAAUCGUAUAGAGACCUUGACGUAGACGCAAUUUAUGUACGAGGAACAGAUUAGAGACUUACAAUCCAUGGUGCAGGAAUUUAUGAUGGUCACAAAAUAUAUUGGCAAAAACAUAGGAAGUGCAUAUGCCAAGUUGGAAAAAUUGACAAUGCUGGCCAAAAAGAAGAGUCUUUUUGAUGAUCGACCGCAAGAGAUUCAUGAAUUGACCUACAUCAUGGUGUAUGCGUUACAAUCUAAAUUAGCCAGCAUGGGCACCGACUUCAAACCGUUGUAUACUGUCGUACUGUUGUAUAUCAGAAACUUUAAACGUCUAAAGCUAUAUAUAAGGAAUUCGCAAGCUAACAUAAAAGUUUUAUUAUGAAAUUUCACACAAUUAAAAAAUAGUUGGUGGUGAUUUAUGCAACCUCACAAACGCGGUUUUUCAUUACCAUGAUACGCGGUUUUGCAUUUUGUUGAUACGCGGUUUUG